AUGAAAUUGCUUCUAAAUGUAUAUAUAAUUGUUAAAAAUUAUUUUUUUCCAGAGAAGAAAAUUAUUGAAGCUGAAAUUAUGUGGCAAUAUCGAACUGAUAAAAUUAAUGAAUUAAUUAAAGAAUUAAUUGAAGCCUGUGAAGACAUACGUGAUCUGCCCUCGAGCUAUUUAAAUCAUAUAAAAAAACUUAAUGAAGAUAUUACUUUACAGACUAACGAAAAAUAUCGAGCAAAUGACAUUCACAAAAUGUUAAUAGAAAUUGAAAAUUUAAUCAACUUGAUUAAUGAAAAUAAAACACAGAAAAUUCUACGAAUAUUAUUUUGCAUCGGAGUAAUUACAUAUCAAUUAUUAGAACAUACAAAACAAAGUCGAGAACAAAUCAGUGAUAUCGAAAAUGAUUGUGAAGAAAUACAAAAUCAAUUAUCUGAUUUGAAGAAUGACAAUGAUAAAAUCCAAGAUCUAAUUAAUAAUGUAUGUAAUCAAGCCAAGCAAAUAGAUGCUGAAAAUAAGGAGUUAAAUACUGAAACUGAUGAUUUACUUGCUGAAACUGAUGAUUUAAUUGCUCAAGCUAAACAGUUACUUGGUGCAUAUUACCAAUUAAACAAACCAGCAAGUAAUCAAGUAUUAAAACAAGUCUAUAAUGAUUUAUUAGCACCAUUGACAAAACAAAUUCAAGAUGAGUUUGAUCUGCAAAAUGAAGAAAAAAUAAGAAGAUUAGAAGAGUGUUAUGAUUUCAGAAGAUAUUAUACUUUAUCUACAUUAGAAAAGAUUCAAUCUGAAACAGAAAUAAAUGAUGAACCAACAAUAUUGAUUAAUAACAUUCUUCAGACUUUUUGCAAUGAAGCUGAAUUACCAAAAACUGAAUUACUCGAAUUUUUAUUACACAAAAGUGGUAUAACCUACAAAUCAGACGGCUUUAUUGAUACUUAUUUGUAUGAUGUUAUUAACGGUCAAUGUAAUGAACAUGAACUUAUUCAUUGUAUUGAAAAUAGAAAUGAUGUUUCAAUUGUCUUCACCGAUAAAGAAAAAGAUGUGCUCAUAAAACUAGCUCGUGUCAACAUUGCACGCCGUCGAAAUGAAAUUUUAGCGUUAGUUGCAUAA